AUGCCCUCUCAUGCUUCGGGCCAGGGUGCUGCUGAGGUCUUGGGCGUGGAUCAGAUGCCCAGCAAAGGUUCCAGCUCUCAGGACAAGUCUUUAAAUACGACAACACAGAGACAUGCCCAAAGUGAAAAUCUCGAUGAUGCCCCUGCCGGGGCAGUUAAAAAUUACUCCCAGGGUGUGAACACUGGAGAACUGGGUAUAUUUGCUGUAAAUGACACCCAAGGAGCCAGAAGUGGGCACACUUUUGGUAGCAAGACAAACGAAGACGCCCAGCACUUACGUAAAGAUACCCUCCAGAGAUCAGCAGGGAACUCCACCCAGAGUGUCAACAAUGCAGACGAUUUUGGGGUACUUGAGGCCCAGAAUGGGUCCCAGGAUCGAAUCAGGAGGAGUGUGGACCCUAAAUUACCUACCAGUGGACUUCCAGGAGUUCCUGGAAUUUCUGGAACGGCAGGAAACGCAGCAGAAGACAUGGAAUCGACAGUGAAGUGGUUGGUAGCAAAUGGUUCAGGAAACACAGCUGUUCUGUUGCUUGGAAGUGAAGAUUGGGUCAUCGGUGCUGUAUCUGUGGUGAAUCAAAAUCCGGAAACUGCUGAGUCCAGAAAAUAUCUUAAUCCUACUCUCUACGUCUGGCAAGAUACCCAGCGCCCGCUUGGCACCUCUCAUAAGACUGGGUGCCCAGGUUAUCGUGCUGGAGUUGAAGACACCGCUGCUCCACACCUCUUCUUCAGAGCAGAGUUUGCAGAGGCCGCUGAACCGGCCUUGUCAAGGCUACGUCAAGAGGGCGGUUUUGGUUGCAGGGGGUCGACAUGUCAUUCAGUAUCAGAAGUCCUUUCUUCCCCAAAUACCCAGAACUUCAUCGAAGCCAUCCGGGUAGGGCCAGGGGGCCGGUUCCUCGUAGGGUAUUUGGGCAGGGUGGUCACAAUCCUGGCCCAAGCGCUUGACUUCCGGUACGCCAUCAUGGAGGGGUCAAGUUUCGGUACCCUGACCCCUAACAGGUCAUUCGACGGCGUCGUGGGUCACAUUGAGAGGAAGGAAGGUGACCUCGGCCUGGCCUCCCUGAGCAUCUCCUACCACAGGAACCAGGCCAUAGACUACACAGAGUGGAUCACUUACCACCCCUCGCUCUUCGUCACCAGGGCGCCCAGGAUGUUCAACGAUCCCCUGAUCCUCUUCAAGAUAUAUUCCUGGCAGCUAUGGGGUCGGUCGCCCGAUCACCCAAUCUGCACAGAUUCGCAUUUCCGUCUCUCAGCACAACCAUCCUCUUUCCUUCCCCAAGGUACAAACCACCUACCAACGACAACGUCUGGGCGCAUCGUUUACACGUGUUCCUGGCUGAUUGUGACCAUCGUGUAUGCUCUGUACAGUGGUAACCUCACGGCUUUCUUGUCCAUCCCGAGAGUCGACCGUCCCCCAACUACGGUACGCGAGCUGGUCACCAGAAACUGGGCUUUUUCGAUGAACAAGGCUUUCGGAAGCUACGAUCUGAUUAAGGAGACGAAGACACAAGACUACCAGACCCUCUACAGGAGAGCAGAGGAGAGAGGUCUCAUCCUGGAGAAUUCCGGAGCCGCUGCCAACAGGGAUUCUUCGGAGAUGUUUGUCAAGAACGUCGCAGUUGUUAUGGGGGAGACGGGUGCCUUCUACAACAUGAACAGCAACACACACAAGGACGGGCGCUGUAAACUAACCCACGGGCAGGAGGACAUCGGGAAGGAGUACGCUGCCUUGGCCCUCCCGAAAAUGUCGUUGUUGAAGCCCUUCUUCGAUAAGAAGCUGAUCUGGAUGAGGCAAAUGGGAAUCAUCCAGAAGAUCUAUAAGGAUUCCUUUGGCGUCAAGUGCUUCCGGAGAGUGCAGGACUCUGGGGAACGCAAGGCCCUGGCGCUGUAUCAGAAUUACGUCACAUUAAGAUUAACAAAUUAA